CAUAAAAAUAGUGUCAAAAUAGUGCUGGGACAGUGUGCUGGGCUUAGCAGGCAAGCAGCAGCCACCAUGCAGGUGCAAACCAAGCACUACCCCAAGAACUGCCUGCUGACCGUCAUGGAUCGCUACUCGGCCGUGGUGCGCAACAUGGAGCAGGUGGUGAUGCUCCCCAGCUUCCUGCGGGACAUGCAGCUGAAUGGGCAGGGGCAGCAGGCUCAGGAUGGGGCCCUCGAUCUCUAUAACUGCUUCACCAUGCUCAAGGCCAUCCGCGUCGAUGUGGACUAUGGGCUGCUGCCCCGAGAGGACUGGUGGUCCAAGGUGGCAGGUGCCAGAGCCCACGAGCCCGAGCAUGAAGCUGCAGAGACAGAGGAGGACAAGGAGGAGAGGGUGUUGGGGCAGCUGGACCUGGAAGCUCAGUUCCAUCUGCACUUUUCCAGCCUUCAUCACAUCCUCACCCACCUUAUCCUGAAAGCUGAGGAGGUGACAAGGAAAUACCAGGAGUUAUUGGGACAGGCCAUGUAGGCCUCGGACUCUAGGGAAGAUCCCUUUAAGUGACAGAAGGCAGACUGUGUGGUGAGGACAUGGAAAGCUCACUAGCUCUGAGGCAAACCGGAAUGGCCUGGACCUGCAGCUGGAAGCAGAGGUGACUUGGUUCUCUGGGAUGCUUCCCUGCCUCCCUCGGAGAGCCAGUUUGUGGACUUGGCACCAGGUCACCUUUAGGAUGCUUGUUGCUAUUCACGACUCCCCUCAUGCCUCUCUUCAGCUGGGGUGGUGGCCAGUGGCUCAUGAGGAGCUAGAUGUUAUCUGCCGUGGUAUGGCAGCAUGUGGGUUUUCUGCAUCUGACCCAAUGAAACUCACAUCCUUUCUCCCUGAAGUCAUUCACCACGUGAUCCUGGACGUUAUUUAACCCAUUGGAGCCUAAAAUUCCUCAUCUCUAAAAUGGGAUAGUAUUACUGACCUCACAAGAUUGUUACGGAUAUUAAACAAUUUUUUCUCCUACCCUCACCUUGUAUUUGGUCUAGCCCUUACUUUUUACCCUCCAGAACAAAGGGAUAGCAAAGUCCCUUGGGAUGAAUGGUUCACACUCUUAUACCUG